AUGGCCGAGCAGACACUUCCAGACGGUACCGUUCACCCGACGUGGGAGUGGUUCUCCGGCGGCGAGAUAUCGACCUGCUAUAACUGUGUCGACUGUCAUGUAGUGGCCGGCAACGGGGACAAGGUGGCCAUAUACUAUGACAGUCCGGUGACCAAUACGAAGGAAAGAUAUACGUACAAACAACUUCUUGAUGAGGUUGAGACCCUAGCCGGAGCGCUUAGGGAAGAAGGCGUCAAGAAGGGAGACGUGGUAAUGCUGUAUAUGCCGAUGAUCCCCGCGGCGUUAAUUGGAAUCCUCGCAGUUAACCGUCUUGGAGCCAUCCAUUCAGUUGUCUUUGGCGGCUUUGCACCGAAUGCGCUAGCUCAGCGCAUUGACGCCUGUCAGCCAGUUGCUCUCCUCACGGCCUCCUGUGGCAUUGUUGGGAAUAGGCCUCCCAUCGCCUAUCAACCACUGGUCGAGGAGGCGAUCGAUCUGUCUUCGCACAAGCCCGAGAGCACUGUGAUCUGGCAACGAAAGCAAUUGCGCUGGGAGAUUAAGAGCUGGUGGAGCGUCCAGUGGGGAUGGCUGCAAAGUAUAAUCUUUGGAGGCAAGACGACUUGCGCAAACCAAGUGUCCUGGCAAGAGUAUGUUAGUAGCGCAAAGGCGCGAGGGAUCAAAGCCGAUUGCGUAGCGGUCAAGAGCGAGGAUCCCGUGUAUAUUAUGCAUACCUCCGGGACAACAGGCGCCCCCAAGGGAGUGCGUCGCGACACCGGUGGACACGCUGUGGGCUUACACUUAUCCAUCAGCUACAUUUUUAAUAUCCAUGGCCCCAAAGACGUGUCCUUCACGGCGUCAGAUAUCGGCUGGGUCGUCGGCCACUCCUACAUCCUCUACGCACCGUUGCUCGCGGGCGCUUCCACAGUGCUAUACGAAGGCAAGCCGGUGGGGACUCCUGACGCGUCUGCCUUUUGGCGAGUCGUCGAGGAGUACAAGGUCAAUACCAUGUUUACGGCGCCGACGGCCCUUCGAGCCAUCAAAAAUGACGAUCCGAAUAACGAGUCGCUCUCGAAGAUUGGUGAGCGCGGAGGGCUACGAUCUCUCAAAGCACUUUUCCUGGCGGGCGAGCGUUCAGAACCUACCCUGAUCUCUAUGUACCAGAAUCUUCUGACUCAAUAUGGCGCACCAUCCUGUCACGUUAUCGACAACUGGUGGUCCACAGAGGCCGGUUCGCCCAUCACGGGGCGAGCACUCACGCCGCAUGCGGGGCAGGACCGCAAGACGAGCCUACGGGACUAUCCACCACCGCCCGUGAAACCUGGAAGUGCUGGGAAGUCGAUGCCAGGAGCCGGGUCUAUGGGGAAUAUUGUCUUGGGAUUGCCGCUGGCGCCGACCGCGUUCCGCACGCUGUGGGGCGACGAGGAAAGAUUCUACAAAAGCUAUCUGAAGCGAUUUGAUGGAAAAUUUCUCGAUACCGGAGACUCAGGGUGGAUUGAUGAAGAGGGCUAUGUGCAUGUCAUGAGUAGGAACGACGACGUGCUCAACGUCAGUGCCUAUCGAUUGUCCAGCGGAGCCAUCGAGCAAGCCAUCUCUUCUCAUCCACUGGUGGCGGAAGCCUGCAUCGUCGGCAUUCCCGACGAGCUCAAGGGCCAACUACCGUUCGCAUUCAUCACUCUCACUCAAUCUGACCACCCCGAGUCUGUUUUACCUAAUAGCAAGAUUGCUCUCGAGAUCCAGUCGCUCGUGCGCAAGCAAGUGGGCGCCUUUGCAUCGAUCGGGGGCAUGAUCCAAGGAAAGGGCAUGAUUCCCAAAACAAGAUCGGGGAAGACGCUGCGACGGGUGCUCCGAGAAUUGGUCGAGAAUGGUGUCCAUGGUGAGUUUGCAAAAGAGGUUGCAGUUCCCAGCACCGUCGAGGAUGCAGUCGUGGUCGAGGUCGCUCGAGCCAAGGUGAAGGAGUAUUUUGAAACGAGUGGUGGGAAGCACAGGGCCAUCGAAGCCCGAGAGAAGUCAUAA